CUGCAUGAGGCCGGACUAUUUUUGCCGAAUUGCAAAGGAGGUUGGUCUCACGCCGGACUAGGUGGUCUAUUACUGAAGAACCACAAUCUGGACGACUCCGAAGACGAAGCUGUCCGUCACUGUCCGGAAAAUCCGACUAAUUUUGCUCAUCCAAGUCCGAAUGGAGGUGGGGACGACGGUUCAUCGGUGGUACGAUUUUCGGGUCAGUCGAUCGAAUGGGCCGCAGUACUGUUUCAUGAACUUUUUGCAGCACAACUAGGUUGCCUGGAUGCUAUGAUUGUUGUGGCGCAUUACUAUCUGGGUCUACCCACACAACUGAUGUUGGAUUGCCCACUUAAGCCUAACCAAAGGGAUCUUCGUUCCGGUGUGGACUAUCUUGGUCGUGCAGCUGAAGGUGGAGAUCGCCGUUGUAUGAUUUUUCUCGCUCGCUUUCUGGACUUCUCAGCCAGUCUGUUCGACUCAGCGUAUGCAAAAGCUGUGGACACUGCAGGUGUUACAUCGCCGGGAGAUGGGGCUCCUGACGAGGGUCUUGAUGCUAAAGGUCAAUAUGAUGCGGCAGAGGAUUUUGUACCUGCCUAUCGUAUACUCGCUCAAAUGGCAGAAAUGUAUUCUAUUGGCGGUUUUGGUUUGAAGCUGAAUUUGAACAUGGCAGGUGAUCUGUUCACGCAGGCCUGCGAGUUGGCUUCAGCCGCACGUCAAGGUCGUCUAGCAGCCAAAUACUUCAAGUUUGGUGAGGACGCGUACUCAAAUUGCGAAAGAACUGCACCAGUGCCACCAUCCUUACCAUAUACCGUUACCGUCAUCACAUAUAUGGAAGACCAAUAA